AUGCGCUACUUUUGGCCACUUCUCAUUGUCAUUGGGCUCCAGUUGUGCAGCGGAACUAGCGUUGAAAAGGAUGUCGGGGUUAGUCAACUUAUCAUUUCCCUUGAGUACGUGUUAUUCAUGUUUCAGCACAGUUUUGUUAUGUUGAAAAAAAAGCAGAAAUUUACAAAAGACACCGUGGCUGAUUGAAAACUUGAUCGUAGUUCUGCCAACAUGUUUCAGUACUUGUACUUGCAGAAUGUUGACACUGUAGACGUUAAGCUGACAAAUGAAGGCGCAAGCAACGUUGAAGUUAGCCCUGGGUCAUCCUCGGCGAAGGCAAAACAAAAAAGAAAGAAAGUUUCGAAUGGAAAUAUUCAGCACGAGCUGGACAUAUCGUUCUACCACGGCUUCCUGGCGUCGUUUUCAGUUAUUGUGGUCUCGGAACUCGGUGACAAGACGUGGUUCAUCGCCGUGAUUUUGUCUAUGCGACACUCGCGUCUUACUGUCUUCGCUGGAGCCAUCGCCGCCCUCGCUCUUAUGACCGUUCUAUCAGGUUGGUAGCUGAGCAAGUUUUUUUUGAUGGUUCUUUUUCGAAAUUUUCCAAUCUUUCAAGCUUGCCUCGGUUGGGUGACUCAGCUGAUCCCUAGAGCGGUCACUUACUACGUCUCCACUGCUUUGUUCGCUCUCUUUGGUCUGAAAAUGCUGCAUGAGGGAUGGCAUAUGUCCGCGAGCGAGGGCCAAGUUUACACAGAAAAACAAAGAUUUACCAACUGUUUUUUCGAACUUCCUAGGAAGUUUUUGAAGAGUCUCAGGCUGAGGUUUCGAAGAGAGAAUUAGGUCUGGACGCGGGUAAAUAUGCAGCACUGGAAUCUGGAGAACAGACAAGGUUCUCAUUUUGCUCACUUCGUAUUCAUCCUCAAAUUCAGGAGUUCUACUUGGUUGAUUUUUUCUUUCACAUCGCGCAUUUUUAUUGAGGUAAAAAUGUGUAGGUUUUUUUUCCAAUUGAAAUUAUUGUUCAGUCGUUCACUUUGACGUUUUUGGCUGAGUGGGGAGACCGCUCUCAGCUCACCACCAUUAUUCUCGGCGCUCGAGAAAACAUCAGUGCGUUACUCUUGGAAAAAACUGCAUGGAACAUUCUUUUUUCAGCCGGUGUUAUCAUUGGUGGUGUUUUGGGACAUGCUCUUUGCACAGGAAUCGCGGUAAUUGGUGGGAAACUAGUCGCUCAACGGAUCUCCGUCAGAACAGGUUUUUCAAACCUUAUGUCGCUUCAAAAACAAUUUUGGGACGAGUGUCUAGUGUGCGUGAGAAUUAAAAUUAUUAAUCUUUAACAUUCCUACAAGUAGCUGUUUUUAAUACGAGAAAAAAUGGGUAUAUGAUAAUCGGGCCGCGAAAAUCGAGUCUGCAAAAAUCGAGCCUCCAUUUCUACACUAUUUUUUUUCUGUUCGUCUCGCCCCGUACAAAAGGCGGCUCGAUUUUCGCGGCCCGAUUAUCAUAUACCCGAAAAAAUAUAUUGAAUUAUUAAAAAUUGUAGUCCUUCAAAUAUAGAUGCUAAAAACUGACCAUAAUAAUAUUUAUUACUUUUUAAUCUUCUCGAAAGUGAUAAAAUAUGAUGAAUGCGAAAAAUAACAAAUUAAAAAAUAAAAUGAAAAAUUCGAAUUUAGAAAGGCUCACUGCAGGCGCUCGACUAAUUUACCGAAUUAGACAUAUUUGGACGCGCUUGUAUAUUUACUUUUGCAGUGGCACAUUUUUCAUUGUUAAAAAUUGCAGUGAACUUAGAUCAUUUUCUGAACCUUGAUUUUGCAGUGACUCUGAUCGGUGGAGUGGUCUUCAUUCUGUUUGCUCUGUCGGCUCUCUUCUUCAACGACCUUGCCCAGAACUCCGAAUAA